AUGGCCACGGGCGCAAACGCAACUCCUUUAGGAAAGUUGCACCCUAGCAUUGGCGCUAAACGAGGAUUUGACGCUGGGCCUGGUGCGGGGAACGGGUUGAUACCCGCACCGGGGCCGCCUGCACCAUUCCCCUCUCUGCAAGCGUUCCAGCCCCCGAUGCCAACGGUAUUUCCGCAACCUCUUCAGUUCAACCCUGUGGCCGCUUUUCCCACCCAGGCUCCGCUACAACCAGCUGUGAGUGGCGCAAUGGCCAAAGCAGAUUUUUGUCAGAAGAAAUCAAGGAAGAAGAGUCGUUGGAGCAGCGAGACGCCUGAUCAGAAGACGAUCAUCCCGGGCAUGCCCACUGUUAUCCCCCCUGGAUUGACCCGGGAUCAAGAGAGAGCCUAUAUAGUCCAACUGCAGAUUGAAGACCAGACUCGUAAACUGCGUACAGGAGACCUGGGAAUCCCUGUUAACCCUGAGGACAGGUCUCCCUCUCCGGAGCCCAUCUACAACAGCGAGGGCAAGAGGUUAAACACUCGCGAGUAUCGCACCCGAAAGAAGAUUGAGGAGGAGCGUCACUCCCUCAUCACCGAGAUGGUUGGACUCAACCCAGACUUCAAGCCUCCUGCCGACUACAAACCUCCAGCCACCAGAGUCAACGACAAGGUUAUGAUCCCCCAAGACGAAUACCCUGAAAUCAACUUUGUUGGUCUGCUGAUUGGACCACGUGGUAAUACACUGAAGAACAUUGAAAAGGAGUGCUGCGCCAAGAUCAUGAUCCGGGGUAAAGGCUCUGUGAAGGAGGGGAAAGUGGGCCGGAAGGACGGACAGAUGCUGCCGGGAGAAGACGAGCCUCUGCACGCGCUGGUCACUGCCAACACAAUGGAGAACGUCAAGAAAGCUGUGGAGCAGAUUCGCAACAUUCUGAAGCAAGGCAUUGAGACGCCUGAGGAUCAGAACGACCUACGGAAGAUGCAGCUGAGGGAGCUCGCCAGACUCAACGGCACACUGAGGGAAGAUGACAACAGGAUCCUUCGUCCUUGGCAGAACUCUGAGCCACGCAGCAUCACCAACACCACCCUUUGUACAAAGUGUGGUGGAGCAGGUCACAUCUCCUCCGACUGCAAGUACACCAGCUCGUUCGCUGCCCACAGAGCGACAGGCGGCGAGCCUCCUCAGUCGGCCCAGGACAAGGCUCGUAUGGACAAGGAAUAUCUGUCCCUGAUGGCCGAGCUGGGGGAGGCCCCGGUCCCCACAUCUGGUGGAGGACACUCCAGCAGCCAGGGAGGAUCGCAGCGGUCCUCAGGACUCAACAAUAACCAUCAAUCAAACCGGCCUCCUUGGAUGAACUCCAGUCAGUCUGAGAGCAGGAACUUCCAUAGCAUGCACGGGGCACCUGGUGGCCAUGGUGGCCAUGGUGGCCAUGGUGGCCAUGGUGGCCAUGGAGGACACCAUAGCUACCCUCCCCCCAUGCCCAACAUGGGAGGACCACCUAUGCCCCCCAACCCGAAUGGUCUGCCUCCCCCCUGGAUGCAGCCCCCCCCUCCUCCCAUGGGACAGGGACCAGGACCUCAUGGACAUCCCAUGGGUCUGCUGCCACCGCCAAUGAGCAUGAUGCCGCCUCCACCUCCUCCCCCCAGCAACCAGCCACCUCCUCCUCCCUCUGGACCCCUUCCGCCAUGGCAACAGCAGGCUCCACCACCCCCUCCCACCAGCAGCAUGGCAACCAGUACACCGCUACCAUGGCAACAGAAUACAACCACCACGUCCAGCCCUGGCACCGGCAGCCUGCCGCCAUGGCAGCAGCCCCAGCAGCCUGCGACCUCCGGAGCCCAGCCCCCACCACCCAUGGGUUCACCAUCCAUGGUGCCACCUCCUCCUGGCGUCCAGCCCCCUUUGCCCCCAGGUGCCCCUCCUCCUCCCCCUCCCCCUCCCCCAGGCUCAACAGGCAUGAUGUAUGCCCCUCCGCCGCCUCCGCCACCCAUGGACCCUUCCAACUUUGUCACCAUGAUGGGGAUGGGGGUACCGGGCAUGCCCCCCUUUGGCAUGCCUCCUGCCCCCCCACCUCCUCCACCCCAGAAUUAACCCUUCCACAGAAGAAUAGUCAUCCCACAAGAGUUUCCACCCUGCAGCACAUAAUGGAUGUGUGAUCACAGAAAAAGAUAACCAGUGCUUUAUUUUUUAUUGAGGCGACAUCUGUAAAACAAUGAAAGGGUGUGUUAGUUAAAUUUGUAAAGUUGCGUAACUUCAGUAAAUGAGUUAUUUUUCUUGUUUUUAAAGUUUGUGUUAACCCAACGCUCUUUGAGUGCACACAAACAUGGUUGCUCUUGGGUUCAUGUUAUGCAUCGCUCCUGUAGUUUGUUCUUGUAAACCAAAUAAAGUGCUCAAUAGCCAGCUGGAAGUUUAGUUUCUACUCAAUCUCACCGCAGGUUCAAUUCAGACAGUUAUGCUUAACUAUUAUUGGAUUUAAUAUAUUGAAGUUUAACUUGCAUGAUCCAUUAAAUGCCUCAUUCCCAAAUUCAUACUCCUGUCAUAUUUGCCAUGAUGGCUUUGAAUUGAAUAAGAUUAAUAUUUUUGUAAUAAUGAUGUGAAGUGUAACUUAGUUCUGUCAGAAAACCUUUUUGUAGUACUCUCCAAUUGUUUUCCAGAAUUUCCAAGGGUUUUAAUUAUCACUGGGCUGCAUCUCAGAUGUGACAAUAAGUUUGAUAAAGGGGGAUUUGAUGCUGCGAUCGGCCAUCUUCUGACCCCUGCACUACUUGAAUGCUGAGAAUCUGAUCUAUUUUUGUUUUUCUGCUCUGAUAAGACGCUGUGUCCAGUGUUUGUGUUGCUUCUGCAAGGACAAAAAUAUCUUCUCCCCCCCGAUGAGUUAAGGAGAAAAGUUGUUAGUUUUGCUGUUUUGAAUAAGUCUGUUGUGUCAUGGCGCUAGCCUGAAUGCAAAGCUAUUGGAAUCCUGCUUGGUUUCACAUUAAACUGAUUCAUUUCACA